CCCUCUGUGUUAUUAUUCAACCAGUGGCAAGCUGAGGUUUGUUGGUCGUGGCUGAAGCCAGCUGUAUGGAGUGGUAGUAGUAGUAGUAGCUGUCAGUGACUGACCCCCUCUCCAUGGCCUGUCAUCCCCCCGGCUCCGGCUCCUACGCUGUGGUUAUCAUCCCGCUCAGGACCAGCCUCUACAGCUUGGACGCACUGCGCUUCUACCUAUGGAUUAAGCGUCUGAAGGAUCUGGAGAAGGAGAAGGACGCCCUGUUUACUGGGCUGGAGAUUCUGGAGAAGGCUCGCUACUGGUACCUACAGCGUCUGGAGGACAACAGGGCCAGGCAGAUCAACACUGAGGGCACAAACAGGUGCACUGCAGCGGAGGCUCGCUCCUGCCUUCUCAGGUCUCGUAUGCACCGGGUGAAUGGUUCUCUGGGCUCCAUAAUGACUGAGCCCAAUGUCACAAGCAGCUGUAACCGCUCUCUGCCUGAAGCCGCGGCAGACAGCGACCUCCGGUGGCAAAACUCAGUACUAACGCAGGAAGUCGGUGAGAAGAACCGUCAGAUCUCCCUGCUUGAGCUGGAAAAGGACGCUCUCCUGAAGAGCUUGUUGGACUGCAGGAUUGCUGAAUGCCAGCAGUACAUGAGCAUGUAGAGUACCUACCUUUUUAUGGAUAGCACAAAGUUUCUCAAGUUGUAAAUAUGUACUUUAUAAAUUACCAUAAACGAUG